AUGUCAGCCUUGAGACACCUGUCAAGGCCCCGGCAAUUUGUUUGUCGGCAAUGUAUACGACAACAACAUACCCUCGCGCGCGGUGAGCGGCCGGCAGCGAGAUGGGCCGACGAGGAAUCCGAUCCAGCAGCAAGACAGGCGCAAUGGGAAGACCAGGCAGGGAAGGUGCGAUCGGGGAUGCAGCAGAGUAUGCUGAGUCUACUUGAAGAGCGGGGAUUUGUAAAGGAUGUUGCUGGUGGACGCCAAACGCUCGACUGGCUACUCACCGAGAAGCGCAUAGGUGCAUAUGUCGGCGUGGACCCAACAGCCCCCUCGUUACAUGUCGGCCACCUUCUUCCGCUCAUGGCGCUGUACUGGAUGUACCUCCACGGCUACUACACCGUCAGCUUGUUAGGUGGAGGCACAGUGCAGAUUGGCGAUCCAUCUGGCAGGACAACGGCUCGCUCGCGACAGGGUGAGGAUGUGCAGUCUAUGAAUGUGAGGAGCAUACAACAUCAGCUGGAGAAGCUGUGGACGAACGUGAAGUGCUUGGGCAUUAAGCACCAGUACUCGCAAAUGAUCAGCCGGAAACAGGACAUCCUCAACAACAAGAAGUGGUUGGAGAACCUGAGUGCGAUAGAAUUGAUGAGGGAUCUGGGGUCUGGCAUGCGCCUAGGUGCUAUGCUUAGUCGCGACUCAGUUAAGCUACGAAUGGAGAGUGGCGAAGGCAUGGCGAUCUCCGAGUUCAGUUAUCCUCUCUUCCAGGCCUACGACUGGUGGAGUAUGUAUAGGAACCAGGGUGUCCAACUUCAAAUCGGCGGAUCUGACCAGUACGGAAAUAUCAUUGCGGGCAUGGGCGCCGUCAGCCAUAUGCGGAAAAUACAUCGCAUGGAUGAUGGAGCAGAGGGCGAAGAAGACCCACGGGUAGCAACCUAUGGUCUCACUACACCAUUGCUUACAACAGCUUCUGGCGAGAAAUUCGGCAAGAGCGCAGGCAAUGCGGUCUGGCUUGACGGUCAGAUGCUGAACUCGUUUGACCUGUACCAAUACUUCCUCCGCACCGCCGACGCCGACGUAGAACGCUACCUCAAACUCUUCACGUUCCUCCCCCUCGACUCCAUCGCCCUCCUAAUGUCGCGACAAGGCCAAGACCCCUCACAACGCCUUGCUCAGCACAUCCUCGCCCGCGAAAUCGUAGAGCUGGCACACGGAGCCGCAGAGGCGAAGAAAGCCGAACUCGCACACAAGGACGCCUUCGGUCAGGGAGCCCACACUUUCUCGCUGCUUUCGCUGAGAAACGCAAUUGCUGGCGAUAAGGGUGUCGUCGAUGCAGCAAAGGGAGGCAUGAAGAAGAAGGAUAUAGAGCUUUUGGAGUACAAGAAAGCCUAUGCUGCUUCCCCAACAGCACAAUCGCCGUCCGGCACUACAUCCGAACGACCCAAGGAUGACAAUGGAAAUGUUGUCACGUUGCCCCUUUCAAUGCUUCAACCAGGUUCCUUCCCACACGUCCUCCACGCCGCCGGUCUCGCAAGCUCGAGAUCCGAAGCCAAUCGCUUGAUUGCAAAGAAUGGCGCAUAUGUUAUAGUACCAAACUCUGGUUCGGCUGAGAACCCCACUGCUCUGAAAUGGGCAACUAUCAAGCCAGGCAAGGAUGUAGAUCCGAACCACUAUCUCGUAGAUUGGGAGGCACUGGUAUUGAGAUCCGGAAAGACCAAGAUACAGAUAUGCAGGGUAGUUAGGGAUGAGCUGCUUGAGAAGAAGACCGAGGAGACAAAGCAACAAGAGUCAUAA